AUGGGCAAAUCGGCUGAUUCGGAUCCUAUCACAUCUUCGACGUCACGCUCCUCACCGUCAUAUACCUCCCAAGCCUUAGCACUUCACAACGGGAUGGGCGGUCCCCAUCCCAGCGCUACCCAAACCGUCCAGCCCAUAAACGUCGCCGGCGAGAUCACAGACAUGAUGCCAUACCGUGACAACCCCCCAACUCGUAGCGCCAGAGGGUCAAGCUCUCGCCGUCGACCAUUACCAGAAUCUUCUUACGGUUCUAGCUCUAGCUCUGGCUCCGGAUCCUCCGGCGCUGCAACACCACUACAGUAUUCGCCUACUGUGUCAUCAGGGCACGCCCAGGCGCAGGGUUUGCAUAUGGGGAUGGCUUGGGCGCGGCCUCAUCACAUUCAGCCGUAG